AUGCAAUCAGAUGUCGCGGCAGUCGGCACGUCGAGCGAGCCUCCGUUGGAAGCCAGCCAGCAGCAGCGAGCGUGCCGAGCCGAGCAUGCACACUUUGGCGCUUUUCCUGCCUUCCAUGGCUCGGACCCAGCCGAGCCCGACGAGCCAGGCACCGAGCAUGACGGCGGCAGCAGCAGCCCUCCCGCCAACGACGCUGCUGGUGGCCUCGAAUGGCUGCUGCUGAUGAUGAUGACGCUCCUGCCGCCGCGACUCGCUCCUCCCUUCGUUGGGCCCCUUCGCUUUUUCGAAGCCAAAGAACAAUGGCGGAGGUCGAAUGCAGUGUUGCUAUGCACAUGCACCGCUCUAAUCCUGCCCUGA